AUGGAAUUUCAAAGAGUUGAUGACGAAUCGGAAAUGGAAGACCAGACUGAAGCGAGCGAGCUGGGUCCCGUUCAACCUCCGGCAGCCGAAGCCAAGCGCUCGCUGCGCCAUGCUAACGUCUACGAUGCCGUCGCAGGUCGGAUCACUUUUGAGAGCAAAUCGGAUGCCGCCGUCAAGGACGGGAAGAGGCCCGACACCAAUGCCAAACCGCCCAAGCUGAGCAGACAUCCCGUCAACGCUUCUGCCCUGGCCCCCGAGGAGGUGCUGUUUCGCCGCAAGGCCGCACCUGAGCGCUUUGCCGAGUUCGAUCUCUACAUGGCGCACGAGCGGAACCUGUUGGCUGACAGCCCUGCAACGCUGCCAGACUCUGACCUCCUCAAGUCCAUCCACUCAUACACCAGCCACUUCUACUCUGCCCUGGGCGGUGCCGAGCGCAAUCCCUCGUACCAAGUCGGCCGCCGAAACAUUGAUGAGAGAAGCAUGGACGAGUCGGCUCUGCUGGCCUUUGGCAUUCUGCUUGAGGAAGCCGGCAGAGAUGUAUUGGGAAACAAAGGAGACAUGGUCUUCACUGAAGGCCUGGAAAUCUCCUCAAACGCCAACCCAUCUUCGGACUCACGCACUACCGCCGACCCCCCGAGUCAACCUCUGGCCGCUCACUCGAGCCCCCAUCAGUCGUCUGUUGACUUCAUCGACCAUGGCUCAUGGAAAAGGGCUCCCAAACGCCGAAAAUUUACGACCGAUCUCGACGACUUCUAG